AUGAAUAUUGUUAAGGAAAAUUCUAUUAUUUUUUUCAAACUAUGGAGAAAUAUAGUUAUUAAAAAUAAAAUUAUUGAAUUUUUAAGGUUAUAUAAUUUUUAUUAUUUUCCAGUUUCAUUUGAUACGGUAUCAUCGUUUCUUGAAUUUCAAAACAAAGAAUAUUUGAACUCAAUUAAAUUUUCAUUUAAAGGUAAUGUUUUUAUUACAAGUGAAAAUAAUAAUAUUUCCGAAUCAUGUUUAGAAUCUCCAAAAAUUAAUUAUGGUGGUGGUGGUGGAGGUGGUGGUAGAAUUAGUAAUGAUAAAAAUAAUGUUGGUUAUGAUGAAUACUUUAAAAAUAGAAUUGACAACAAAAUGAAUUUAUCAAAUCAAAUAUUUAAAGAAAUAUCAAAUAUACCAAAUGAUAUUACACUGGAGAUUACUACACAUAAUGAAUUUUUAGAUACAUUUAUGUUUCCAAAAAAUAUUAAAACCUUAAUAAUAAAUCUUUUUGGUUUUAAAUUUGAUUUCUCUUUAGAAAAUUAUAAAUAUUUAAAACAUUUAAUUAUUAAAAAAGGUUUUUAUAAUAUAAAUUCAAUAUUUUAUUCAAAUUCAUUAUUAGAAUCAGUAUCGAUUUUCCACGAAGGUAAAUCAAUAGAUUACACAAAUAAAUUAAAUGAAAAUAAUAAAAUCAUUGAAUUACCAAAAACAUUGAAAUUAUUAAAAUUAUCAAAUGAAUAUUAUAAUUAUAUCAAUUUUUCAAAUUCACAAUUAAAAAGAUUAAGUUAUUCAUUUGAGUCACCUCAAAUGAUAAAUGUUGGUACAUUACCAAAUACUUUGGAAACUUUACUUUUAAAUUCAAAAUACCAUUUUCAAUUCUUUGAAAAUGUCUUACCAAAAUCAUUAACUCAUUUAGAAUUUGAUAAUCGUUCAAAUUUUAGUCAUGAAUUUGCUGAAAAUGUAUUACCACCAAAUUUAAAAACAUUAAGAUUACCAAGAAAUUAUAAUGAAAAUUUGAAAAAUUUACCAAAAACCUUAACAAGUCUUAAAAGUGGUAGAAUAUUUCCAAAAUCAAUUUUAUUUGAAUUAACAUCAUUAAUUAAAUUAGAUCUUUCAAAUUGUAUUGAUUUAUCAAAAAAUAAUUUAAAUAUUAAUAAUAAUGAUGAUGAUAAUGAUGAAAAAUUAAAAACUUUAGAAAAUAUAUUACCAUAUUCUUUAAGAGUUUUACAUUUAACAACAUAUUCUAUAAUUUCACCAAUUACAAUAGUUUCAGAUGAAAAUAAAAAUUAUAAUUUAACAAAACUAAUAAUACCAACAUUUAAUAGAGAAUCAUUAAAAAAAAUUGUAAUACCAAAAUCAAUAAAAUCAAUCGAUUUAAAUAUUUAUGAUGAACAUGACUAUUUACAAUCAUUCUAUGAAUUUAAUUUAUUAGAAUCCAUAAGAUUAGGAUUAACACCAUCACUAAUAACUGAAAAUCAACUACCAAAAUAUUUAAAAGAUUUAAGAAUUUAUAGACUUGAUUUACCAUUUAAUUCUAAACAUACACUAAAAUCAAAUAUUUUACCAACAACUUUAAAAUAUUUAAAAAUAUUUUCAUUUCAAAUUCAAAAUUUUAUAAAUUUUGUAAAAAAAAUUAAAUAUAAUUCAAAAAACAAUAACCAAGAAAAUAAUAAAGAAGGAAAAGAAGAAGAAGAAAAAGAAAUUCUUGAUAUAAAAUUAAUAGAUUAUAAAUUACCUUCAUCAAUUAAAAUAUUGGAAAUUUGUUCAAGAACUGAUGUCUAUGAAAAUUGGUUACCAGAAUCAAUUGAAAUUUUAAUUUUACCAGAUUGUUAUUCUAAAAUUCAUUUACCAUUACCAAGUACAUUACAUUCAAUCUAUAUAGACAGUGGAAAUCAUCAAAUUUUAAAUGAUCAUCAAUUAGUAUCCUCUCUUAUGGGAAUUUUAAAACCAAUUGAUUAUUGUUCAAAAAUUUAUAAAAAAUUAAUAAAUAAACAAAUAAAAUUAAAAUAA